CCAGCCGAUACCGGACAAGCGUACAGCUCACGGCCCCGUCCUCCUUUUCAGCCCCAUCUAUCACCAGCACCGCUCCCCCCGGCAAUAUACAACCCGCGUGCUCCGUUUCCCCUCAUUCAUCCCCUCUGCGCCGCUCAACCAAUCGCCCCCAAGGCCAGGUGCUCCGUGGAUCCACCCAGCAGGGAAGAACAUGGUCAUCGUCUCUGGAUUGGAUCCAGGAGGCGGUGCACCGGUUUUCACCCGGGAGCAAACCAGCGAGAUGCAUGGCAACGCAGGGUCUGUGGAGGCGGUGGAGAGGGUUUUGCACGGGAGAGCCGGAUCUGCUAUGGUUAAUUAGGUUUGGAUUAUUUGACAAAAGCACGGCCCAUGGUGGAUCUCUACUCGGGGGCACUGACAUCGCCGCUUACAUGGAGUGAGCGGGUCCUUGUCGAUGUGGAGCAUGCUUGUGUGGCCAGAAGCGCUUGAUCUUGGCCGAGAUGGGGAGGGCGAAGGAGGAAUGGUUCGUCCCUUGGAAGUGCGGUUCGUUCCCUUGUCCGGCUUUGCACCUGGAGGGGAUCCACCACAAGGUCCUAGAGCAAAGAAAGUAUCCAAGGCUGCACCUGUGUUUGAAGUCCCUGGGUUAUGGACACCAGAUGUACCUCUAGAGAAUGCCUAUCGUGACUGUAUUAACAUGACUGUCGUAUACCUUGAUUUGCACUUGCCAAGGAAAAUGAAGGCUAAGCUUUCUCUGAGAGAGACCUUCUAUAUGAUAUAUGGUGGCAAUACAAUCAAAGAACUUGCGGAGCUUGUAUGCGGUCGUCUGAAUCUUGAGGUGGGGCAUCCAAUGAAGUUCACCAUUGAUGGGACUCUUCUGCCGGAAGAUUGUGUACUCUCUUCAGUUUACAACAAGUAUGUUUGGGACGGGAGCAUUCUGACACUUGGCUGCAGUGUUGAUAAUGUGAAGAAAAUCUUCAACGUGGACCUGUCAGUGAAAGUUCCUGUGAUACCACCAGUGCAUGUGAUUGAAGAUGAAGUCCCAUUACCCACUCUGAGGAUCUGCUCUGUCCGGGACGCAUGGAGGGCGUCUAUGAUGAGCAAGGUUGGAACCUACUCGCUGAAGGAUGGUGCUCCAGCUGUGCUGGUGCACGGCACCUAUGGGGAGGGCGGGUCACUAGUUUUCUAUUAGGUUCUGUCGCUGGCACAAUAGUCCCGUGUCACUUUUGCCGCAAGUCAUGACUUGGAGUUGCUUCUGUUAAGCCCAUCUCGUAGUCCUUUUGUGAAUGAGGCACCUGUUUACAUCCUGUGAUCCUUUUGUGUCAUGAGGCACUGUUUACAUUUUGUGGUCAUUUUGCGACAUGGGCAGUCAUUUUGCAUCCUCUAGUCCUUCAGAUGUUAAUUGAGGCACUGAUUACAUC